AAAUCAUUUUGAAAAGAGAAUAAAGUUGGUUUAUCUUUUCUCUCUUUCACCAAAGAGAUAAGAUAGUUAUUGGUAUAGUAUUUGCAAACUUAAGCAGACUGUUUCAGAAAUGGAAAUUGGCUUAGCAGUUGGUGGUGCAUUUCUCUCUUCAUCUUUGAAUGUUCUCUUUGAUAGGCUUGCUCCUCAGGGUGAUCUGCUCAACAUGUUUCAUAGGGACAAGCGUGAUGUUCGGCUCUUAAGGAGGUUGAAGAUGACUUUGCUUGGCCUUCAGGCCGUGCUAAGUGAUGCAGAGAAUAAGCAAGCAUCAAAUCCAUACGUGAGCCAGUGGCUUAAUGAACUUCAAGAUGCUGUGGACAGCGCUGAAAACUUAAUAGAAGAAGUCAAUUAUGAAGUUAUGAGACUAAAGGUGGAAGAUCAGCAUCAAAAUCUUGGAGAAACAAGCAACUCGCAGGUAAGUGACCACAACCUGUGCUUGAGUGAUGAUUUUUUUCGUAACAUAAAGGAGAAGUUGGAAGAAAAUAUUGAAACAUUGGAGGAGUUGGAAAAGCAAAUUGGUCGCCUUGAUCUAACAAAGUAUCUUGAUUCGGGUAAACAAGAAAAAAGGGAAUUUUCAACUUCUGUGGUUGAUGAAUCUGAUAUCUUAGGUAGGCAGAGUGAAAUAGAGGAAUUGUUGGGGAGUUUAGUAUCUGAUGAUGCGAUUAGUAAAAAUUUGACAGUAAUUCCUAUUGUUGGACUGCCUGGGAUCGGAAAGACAACACUUGCUAAAGCUGUUUACAAUGAUGAGAGUGUGAAAAAACAUUUUGAUUUGAAAGCUUGGACUUGUGUGUCUGAACCAUAUGAUAUUCUCAGAAUAACAAAGGAGUUACUUCAGGAAAUUGGUUUCUUAAACGUUGAUAACAAUCUGAAUCAACUUCAAGUCAAAUUGAAGGAAAGCUUAAAGGGAAAAAAAUUUCUUAUUGUCCUAGAUGAUGUGUGGAAUGUCAUCUAUAAAGAGUGGGAUGAUUUGAGAAAUCUUUUUGUACAAGGAGAUAUAGGAAGUAAGAUCAUUGUGACGACACGUAAGGAGAGCGUUGCCUUGAUGAUGGGUAGUGGGGCAAUCAAUGUGGGGACUCUGUCUAGUGAAGUCUCUUGGGCUCUAUUCAAGCGACAUUCAUUAGAAAAUAGGGAUCCUGAGGAACAUCCAAAACUUGAAGAAGUUGGAAAACAAAUUGCACACAAGUGCAAAGGAUUGCCAUUAGCUCUAAAGGCACUUGCUGGCAUUUUACGCUCCAAAUCAGAGGUGGAUGAGUGGAGAGACAUUUUAAGAAGUAAAAUAUGGGAGCUGCCACCUCAUUCAAAUGGAAUCUUACCAGCGUUGAUGUUGAGCUACAAUGAUCUUCCUGUACAUUUGAAGCGGUGUUUUGCUUUUUGUGCAAUAUAUCCGAAAGAUUAUCUAUUUUGCAAAGAGCAAGUUAUUCACCUGUGGAUUGCUAAUGGUCUCGUACAGCAGUUGGAUUCAGCUAAGCAAUACUUUCUCGAGUUGAGAUCGAGAUCAUUGUUUGAAAGGGUCCAAGAGUCUUCUGGAUGGAAUCCAGGGGAAUUCUUAAUGCAUGACCUUGUCAAUGAUUUGGCCCAAAUUGCAUCUUCAAAUCUGUGUAUCAGGUUGGAAGACAUUGAUGCAUCUCAUAUGUUGGAACGAACUCGACACUUGUCAUAUUCAAUGGGUUAUGGUGAUUUUGGUAAACUGAAAACCCUCAACAAAUUGGAGCAAUUGAGGACAUUGCUUCCCAUCAGUAUCCAGCGCGGUAUUUUUACUCUAAGCAAGAGGGUGAUGCACAACAUAUUACCAAGACUAACGUCUUUGAGGGCACUAUCAUUGUCUCAUUAUCAUCACAUAAAGGAGUUGCCAGAUGACUUGUUUAUCAAGUUAAAGCACCUAAGAUUUUUGGACCUGUCUUGGACACGGAUAAAAAAGUUGCCAGAUUCAAUUUGUGUACUGUACAACUUAGAGACACUUAUCCUGUCAAAUUGUCGUUGUCUUGAGGAGCUACCGCUACAGAUGGAAAAGCUAAUAAAUUUGUGUCGCCUUGACAUAAGCGACACUUCUCUCUUGAAGACACCGCUACAUCCAAGCAAGUUGAAAAGCCUUCAUAUGCUAGUUGGAGCUAAGUUUCAUCUUACUGGUUGCAGUAGUUUGAGAAUCGAAGAUAUGGGUGAAGUACAUGACUUGUAUGGAUCUCUAUCAAUUACAGAGUUGCAAAAUGUGGUUGAUAAAAGGGAAGCUCUGAAGGCAAACAUGAGGGAAAAGGAACAUGUUGAAAGGUUAUAUUUGGAGUGGAGCGGAAGUAUUGCUGACAAUUCACAAACUGAAAGAGACAUACUUGAUGAGCUACAACCAAAUCUCAACAUAAAAGGACUCCGAAUCGCCGGAUAUAGAGGGACAAAAUUUCCAAAUUGGCUAGCUGAUCAUUCAUUUCAUAAGCUAAUAGAAUUGUCUCUUAGCAACUGCAAGGAUUGUGAUUCCUUGCCAGCACUGGGACGGCUUCCUUCUUUGAAAUUCCUUACUAUUAGAGGGAUGCAUCGAAUAACAGAGGUGACUGAAGAGUUCUAUGGUAGUUCGUCCUCCAAAAAGCCAUUUAACUCCCUUGAGAAGCUUGGCUUUGCAGAGAUGCCGGAGUGGAAGCAGUGGCAUGUACUGGGGAAGGGAGAAUUCCCGAUACUUGAGGAGCUUUCAAUUGAAGAUUGCCCCAAGUUGAUUGGAAAGUUGCCUCAAAAUCUUUCUUCUCUGAUGGGAUUGAGAAUUUUAAAAUGCCCUGAACUCAGUUUGGAGACACCUAUCCAACUUUCAAAUUUGAAAAGGUUUGACGUUGUUGGUUGUCCUAAGGUUGGAGUUGUUUUUGAUGAUGCUCAACUGUUUACAUCUCAACUUGAGGGAAUGAAGCAGAUUGUUGAAUUAUCUAUUACUGAUUGUAAGUUUCUUACCUCCUUACCUAUUAGCAGACUGUCAAAUACUUUGAAGAAUCUACGUAUAUAUGGUUGUGGGAAAUUGAAAUUGGAGACGCCAGUCAGUGAGAUCAUUUCUAACAUGUUUCUGGAGCAUUUAGAACUGCGUAAAUGUGAUUCUAUAGAUGAUAUAUCACCUGAGUUGUUUCCAAGAGCACGCGUUUUGAGGGUAGAGCGGUGCCGCAGCCCAAGGCUUUUGAUUCGUACUGGGACUGAAAAACUCUCUAUUCGUGAUUGUGGGAAUCUUGAAAUGCUUUCAGUGGCAUGUGGGACUCAGAUGACGUCAUUGCAAAUUCACGAAUGCAAGAAGCUGAAGUCUCUGCCAGAGCAUAUGCAUGAACUCCUUCCAUCUCUUAAGGAACUGACACUGAAUAACUGUCCAGAAAUAGAGUCCUUUCCUGAAGGAGGAUUGCCCUUCAAUUUACAAGUCCUUGAUAUCUGCGAUUGCAAGAAACUGGUGAAUGGCCUAAAGCAGUGGCGUUUACAGAGACUCCCCCGUCUCGAAGAGUUAAUCAUCUUCCAUGAUGGCAGUGAUCUUGCUGGUGAAAACUGGGAGUUGCCUUGCUCUAUUCAAAGGCUUAGCAUAUCUAAUAUGAAUACAUUAAGCAGCCAACUUCUCAAAAAACUCACCUCUCUUGAAUAUCUAUAUACUCGUAAGAUACCUCAAAUUCAGUCACUGCUGGAAGAAGGGCUUCCCUCCUCUCUUUCUGAGCUAACAUUGCAUAACCUUCCUGACCUCCAUUCACUACCAGCAGAAGGUCUUCAGCGUCUCACAUGGCUUCGACGUCUAGACAUCCAGAAUUGCCCUAAUCUCCAAUCUCUUUCCGAAUCGGGGAUGCCCUCCUCUCUCUCUCUGCUGAGAAUUUUUGAGUGUCCUAAUCUCCAAUCUCUUCCCGAAUCGGGGAUGCCCUCCUCUCUCUCUGAGCUGUACAUAUUUUUUUGUCCUAAUCUCCAAUCUCUUCCCGAAUCGGGGAUGCCCUCCUCUCUCUCUGAGCUGUACAUAUUUUUUUGUCCUAAUCUCCAAUCUCUUCCAGUAAAAGGGAUGCCUCCUUCCAUCUCUAAACUAUUUAUUUCCGAGUGUCCAUUGCUCAAACCACUCCUAAAAUUUGACAAGGGUGAUUACUGGCCAAAAAUUGCAAAUAUUCCCACCAUUCAUAUUGAUGGGGAAUCCCACUAAUGAUUAAAAGAAAUGAUGCUCCUAUAAAUUCACAAAGCGUCUAUUGCUACUGUGAAGCUGAGGAAUCAUCUUUGGAUCGGAAUGAAUUUAAUUUUAGAUGACAGCGAAAAAGUGAGUUGAUCAAGGACUAAGGAGAAAGGAGGUUUUAGAGUAAUUCACAUGCUCACUCAUGAAUGCAUCCUCUAAUAGAAUUCAAAGGUAUACAAGACACAAAGUUUGUUUUCUAUCUAUCAAAGAUAUAAAAAGUUUGAUCCCCAACAAUUAACAACUAAAAGCAUCAGCAAAAUACAGGUUAUGAUUUUUGGAUAUCAACUUAACAAUUUUUUUCCCUAUACUUGAGAAACUUUGCAAUUGAAGAUUUCCCCAAGUUGAUUGGGAAGUUGCCUGAAAAUCUUUCUUUUCUGACAAGAUUGACAAUUUUCAAAAUGGCCUGAACUCAGUUUGGAGGCACCUAUCCAACUUUCAAAUUUGAAAGAGUGUGAAGUUGUUGGUUCUCCUAAGGCUGGAGCUCUUUUUUUUUAUCAUGCUCAACUGUCUACAUCUCAACUUUUUGGUAUCUGUUUACAUUCCUUCUCCUUGUUUGUUAAUUCAUCUUGUUUUUUUUAUUAGUGUUGAACAGUGUGGAUCAUCUAUUGCCACUGUGUGGAGCUUAGCAUCUUCUUGCAACUAAUGUAAUCUUUAAACUUGCUCUAAGACAUUGUACAAGAAACCUAGUGUAGGUUAGAAUUGAUAAUUUGCUCUAGAAGGUUGAUAGCACAAAAAAAGGGCAGCCCGGUGCACUAAGCUCUCGCUAUGCGCAAGGUACGAGAAAGGGUCUGACCACAAGGGUCCAUUGUACGCAGCCUUACCUUGCAUUUCUGUCAGAGGCUGUUUCUGUACUACAAAUCUUUUACCAUUUACAUUGGUAAAUAUGUCACCCGGGUGUUCAUAGUAUUUGGAUCUUAAUCACAAUAGCUAAAACAUUACUUUUGUCAGUAUUUGGAUUUUUAGCACAAUUGUUAAAACAUCAGUUUCUUGUUUUGGAUAUUCAGAAAUUUGCCGAAGAUAUAAACAGUAAGCUGAUAACUUUGGAGAUUAUGAAGUUUCCUUCAAAUUAUUUCCACUACUCAACCUCAAGUGGGACCUCAAAACUAGGGGAAAGGCCAGGAAGUGUAUCCUACUCGGAACAAAUUCAAGGAGUUGUUCAACCUUUUCUUCGUUGUUCAACCUGGACGUAUUGCUUCGUGGAUUGAAGUAGGAGGAGAUGGUUUAGACUUUAGAGUAAUGCACAUAUUAACUCUUGAUCUUUGAUAUUUCUACUGAGAGAGUUCAAAGGCACACGAGACAGAAAGUUUUUGGCAACAUUUUGUAAGCUAUUCCAGCUUCUUUCUGUCAAUAUUGCCGAAAUUCUCUAUUGAAUAGACAAAUAUCAGCUCAACUGUGAUCUGUCCACAGAGUGUAGGUCAAAAAAUGAUUGCUUUAAACGUUUGGCUUGAAAUGCUGAACCUGCAUUUAGACCAGCAGUGUUACAAGGUCAAGUUGGUAUGUCCAGAUGGUGCGUCCACGAGUUUGAUAAUACUUCCAUCCUCCUUAUUACUCUGUUGUGCACGAGUUUGAAACACCAGAUGGAAUUUUAUUUUGUAUGUAUAUAUAGUAAGUGAUAUUAUUUCCAAGUUCUGCAUAUGAUCUUAGUUAAGGUGAAGCAACAAAUAUUGUUAUGUAGUCCUUAAGAAUGUUCAGGAUUUAGAUUACAAGUGAAAUUAGUUUAAGUGUAAUUACGAAAGACAAGUUGGACCUCUUUA